CUGUAAUAUUCUGAUGUGUUUUUCGCUUGAAACACAUGUGAUAAUUACAAGAAAAAUUCGUUCUUGACUUCUUGGUCUUGGCGAUUUUGUAGAAGACCUUGAACAGGGGCAAUUCCCCAGUACAAUAUAGAUUAUCAUCUCAAAACAAAUACUUGGGUUCGUAAAAAGAGGGAAUCGUUUUGAACUUUGUACCGUUUACGUACAUGUGAUUACUAUGAAGAGCUUAAAGUUCCUUAAUUGCCGUCGCAAUAAAUGACAAUUCAUGGAUCGUUAAAUGAACCGUAAAUCAUUUCGUUGAAGGGGAAUUACGCGUUGUUCGAGGCAGGAAUGUGGAUUUUGGGCCGGACGUUUCCAAGAAUGGUUUUAGGAUACUUCAAGCAGACAAAUUCUGCAAAGAUUCAGCGAAAGAAUUAGUGCAAAAAUUGUCUACAUUAUUUGACUUUUAACUAGUUGUGUGCUAUAUCAGGAACUUUCACAUUUUCAAAGGAAAUGACAGUGCUAAUAGGAAAUAUAAAUAACUUGUAAUUUCAAUUGAGUUGAUAGAACAUCUGGUCCUCUUAAUUCUAUUAAACUUAUCCUGAUAAUGUUAUCACAUUAUCACACUUCUUAAAUUUUUCCGUGUAGCCCAGCGGUUGGUCGAAUACUUACAAGGAAUCGUCAUAAUUGCAGUUAACAUGUUCUCAUUUUUAUGAUCUCCACAACAAAAUCCUCUAGUGAUAUGGGAGGAUUUGUGAUGUAAUCUCCCGAAUUGUACUUUGUACCCACAUGUUUUUAGUUUGUGUCAAAUCGUAUUUUCGUGUAACCUCUGCCAAGUCUAGUUUCUCCGAAAAAUCUACAUCGUAUUUUCGGAAAAGUUUGCUUUCCCAAAAUGGUUAAGUAUUCAGAAGUAAAGACAAGUUUUAUGACAAACAAGUGACAGUCGAUCUCGUUCUAAACUGGGACAAGCAAUUUAAAGCUGUAGGAUGGACGGUGACGAAGACAGCUACUGCGCUAAGCCACAUUCCCGCCAAAAUGGCGUCCACGUGUCUGAUUUGGGCGACAUGAGUUUCAUGAUGCUGGACUACAUUAAGGAAGCCAUGAAGGCCAUGGACAUGAUGAGGAGCCACCAAAUGCUAACCGACAUAACGCUGGAGGUCGGCCACGAAGUAUUCUACGCCCAUCGGGUGGUCCUCGCCGCCGCUAGUCCUUAUUUCAAGGCGAUGUUCACCGGUGGUCUGAAAGAAUGCGAAAUGACCAGGAUACCUCUCCAGGGCGUAUCGCCAACCGCCAUGGCUAGACUGAUACAUUUCAUGUACACUGGUAGGAUUAGGGUUACGGAAAAUACUGUGUGCCAAUUGUUACCUGCUGCAACAAUGCUACAAGUGACGAACGUAAUACAAGCGUGCUGUGAUUUUUUAGAAAGACAAUUAGACCCGAGCAAUGCUAUCGGAAUCGCUAGUUUCGCUGAGCAACACGGAUGCAUAGAAUUAUGCAAAAAGGCGAAUCAGUACAUAGAACGGCACUUUUGUCAGAUCUGUCAGGAAGAGGAGUUUCUGCAGUUGAGCGCGUUACAGUUAAUCACGUUGAUUAAGAAAGAUGAGCUCAAUGUACAAGACGAGAAGGAGGUGUACAACGCCGUCCUCAAGUGGGUCCGACAUGACGAAGAGAAUAGACAUAAGAAAAUGGAACACAUUUUGAGCGCGGUGCGGUGUCAGUUCUUGCCACCCAAGUUUCUCAAUGACCAAAUGACCAACUGUGAGGUUAUCAAAAAGGCGCCAGCGUGUAGGGAAUACUUAGCUAGAAUAUUCAAGGAUCUGACGUUACACAUACGUACUGUUGUUAAAGAAAGAACACCAAAUAUACCUAGGGUUAUUUAUAUCGCCGGCGGCUAUUAUAGGCAAUCUCUGGACGUUCUAGAGGGAUACAAUAUUGACGAUAAAACGUGGCACAAGUUGGAUAGUCUAACGGUGCCAAGAUCUGGAUUAGGCGGCGCUUUCUUGAAGGGUACUUUCUAUGCCGUCGGUGGCCGAAACAACGCCCCAGGCAACAGCUACGAUUCCGAUUGGGUCGACAAAUACAACCCCGUCAAAGACCAAUGGCGACCGUGCAGCCCCAUGUCCGUACCAAGAAACCGCGUCGGAGUGGCCGUAAUGGACGGUCUCCUCUACGCAGUGGGCGGCAGCGAAGGAUCCAAGUACCACAACAGCGUCGAAUGCUAUGACCCUGACUUGGACCGGUGGACUACAAUAAAACCCAUGCACUUCAAGCGCCUAGCCGUGGGUGUAGCCGUCGUGAACCGCCUUCUCUACGCCAUAGGUGGUUACGAUGGUAUCCAGAGGCACAGCAGUGCCGAAUGCUACCAUCCCGAAAACAACACGUGGUCGAUGAUAGCCCCCAUGCACACCCAGCGUAGCGGGGCGGGUGUGGCCGCGAUCAACCAGUUCAUAUACGUGGUGGGUGGGUACGAUGGGUCGAAACAGUUGAAUACGGUGGAAAGGUACGAUACAGAGAGGGACGUGUGGGAGUUCGUCGCUAGUAUGAAGAUUGCAAGAAGCGCCCUAAGUGUGACGGUGCUGGAUUGCAAAAUAUAUGCAAUGGGUGGAUAUAACGGUCAGGAUUUUCUCGCGAAUGUGGAGAUUUACGAUCCGAUGGGGGAUGCUUGGGAGGACGGAGAACCGCUAACUUCCGGGCGGUCGGGGCACACGAGUGCUGUGUGUUACCAGCCGCCGUGUACUCAGAAAUGUAAAAUUUUGUCGAAUUUGAGUAGCAGUUCGUCUUCGUCGUCUUCUUCCACGGUUAAGUAAAAUAAGACGGAUUAGAUUGUUUGAGAUUAUAUUAGUCCUGACUGAAAACUAAUGUGCAUUUUUUUUGCAUCGAGAGUUGUAUAUCUCAUAUAUGUGAUAAUGUUUGUCUGACGAGUGUAUGUUCUUUUUUCAUUUUGUAAUUAAGUGCAGUUAAUGACCGGUAUUUAAUAAUUUAUUUGUGUAUAUAUUUCGCAUGAGUGAGUUUUCUUAUGAUUUUGUAGAUACUUCCAAAUAAAUUUAAGUCUUUUAUUGUUUGAGAAUUACUGUGAGACAGUAUUUAUAAAUGUUACAAAUAAAACAUUCCCGUUGCCUUAA